UCCAAAGAAAUGCUAGAAGAAGCUCUUAAAGGUCACAAAUCUACAAACAGUAGAGACUUUCCUCCACCUUCUAAACAAGCAACAAAUAAAAAAGCAACUCUUCUAGGACCAAAAGUAAAAAUGUCUGGUCUAAAAGAAGAAGAAGAGUCUUCACAGAGUAUUGUGGAUGUAUUAUUUAAAGACUUUAUUUCACAGAAGUUCAGUGGUGCAUUAAAAGAAGGAACAGAAAGCAAAAGAGCAGUGUCUGCUCAUAUAACAAAUUCUGUUGAUGAUGAGCUCAGCAGGCUUCUUGAUAUGGAGAUUAAUUCCAUUAAAUCAAAGACUUUGCACCACGAAGAAAUCAUUUCUACAGAAAAGUUAACAAAAAGACCAAAAUCUUACCAGCAUAAUGUUUCUCACAAAAAACAACAUUUUGAAUCUGAAAGAGAAAAAGAUGAUAAUGAAAAAUGUGAAAGUAAUCUUUCUCCACUUAGAAACAGUGAAAAGAACAUGACCAAUGCAAGUAAUGACCUAUUGGAAAUGUCAUCUACUUUCAAAACAAAUUUAAAUGAAAUCUGUCACACAAAUUCUUCAUUUUCAACCAAUACUAUAUCAGGGGUAACCGAUACAUUACCUUCAUCCUUACCAAUAACAAUAAACAAUUUGCAGCUGUGUAGCCAAGCAUUAUCAAUCGAUGCUGGACCUCAGAUAGCUGUGCAUGAACUAGACGGCACAGCGGGUAAAUCUUUCUUUCAGUCUAUGAUGCAAGUUUCAGUGGCAAAGAAAUUGGCCGCCCCCAAACAAUUAAAAAUGAAACUCAGCACUGAGAGCCUUUCCCUCAUUAAAUCCACUGAUCGUAUCGAUAGAGAUGGCAGAGUAUGGGAAGAGGGUGAGUAAACUACAAAGUGAUACAAAUUAAGUUAAUUUUUAAAUUGCACAAUCUUUUCCAAUUUUAUUCAAAUUUUUUAAUCAUGUGUUAGACUUGAAGUAAAUAACAUUUAAUCUAGUUUUAUAGAUUGUAAUUGCUAUAUGUAUAAGAGUGAAUGGAAGGUGCUUACUCCAAACUUGUUUUUUUUUUUCUCUUUCUGUUAGGUGAAGUCUACUCUUCUCACAGUGAGAAGUCUGGUAAAAUUAACGGGGAGAGUGACUCAGAACAUGAUGGCUACCCUUCAGAUACAGGAUCUAUUAAUUCUGGCUGUGGUGGUUGGCCAGCCCUAGAUCCCAAACAUAAAAAGAAACACAAGCACAGACACAAGCGGAAGAAGAAAAAGCAUUCCAAAGAUAAAGAGCGUAAAACAAAAGACAAACAUAAAAAAUUUAAGGAUGGGGAAUCUAUUAGAGAAAAUGAAUUGCAUGAGGAAAUCGAUGACAAAUACAGUUCACAGCAGAAACUCAACAAAGAAAGAACCAGAGAGAAAGAGAGACAUGAUUCUUUAGACAAGUCACCAGAUCGUGAAUGCUCACUAAGAAAGGACGAAGAUUCAAAUAAGAAAAGAAAAAGAUCUCACUCGGGGUAACCAUAACUUUCUAUUGUGUUUUCUAACCUCUGAAAAAAAAGUAUCUAUUACUUAUGUUCAAUAGUCUAAACUCACAUAUGAACAGCUUAUUUAAACUUGGAAAUUUAAUUUUUAUUUACCAGGAAGGAUUGACAUUUUUGCGUUUCAUAAUUUUGAUUUAAUCUCAAGACUCCUUUGAUACAUUUAUUGAUAAAAUCUCAUAACAGGUCUUUUUCAAUAUUUAUUUAUAGCUUGAUUUAUAGCAGUUUUACGGAGAAGUGAGUAAUCAACUCCAUACACAUGAGUCCAUGUCAAAAUGCUUUAUAUUUCUUUUAGUUAAAAAAAAAUUAUUAAUGCUUAACCUCAGGUCAAGAUCUCGGAAACAUCUGAAGAAAUCAAAAUCUGAUUCUCGUUCUCGUUCACCUCAAAAACAUAGGAGGAGCAUGGAAUCUGACAGGUUUGCUUUGUAGAUAACCAAACUCAAUCCCAAAUAGAAGAUACUACUAAUUUGAUAUGUGAUUGAUUAACAAUAUAAACGCACAUCUGCAUUUUCACUGGCAGAUGAACUCAUUGACAUAAUCAGCUCUGCUAUUAUAGUGAACAAACUCUCAUGAUAAUACUGGAAGUUCUUCAAUAAACCUUAUCAAAUCAGUGUAGGCUUAGUUUCUUAAUUCUACAUCUGCUUUUGCCAUUCAAGCUGUUAUAUCUUAUAUAUGCUCAGGACUUGUUACAAUGAAUGGGAUGCAAGGAGCUACAGUGGGGAUAUUGAUAAAAGAUCCAGCAGGGAUCGAUCAAGGUCAAAAGAGCACCCCACCAACGGAUAUAGGCUUCACUCCAGGGAUAAAAGCAAGUCAAAAGAUCAUAACAGGGAGCACAGUAGAGAGAGACCUGACAGACACAGAGAAUCCAGCAGGGAGAAAUCUGAAAGAGAUUUAAGACUACAGAUUGACAAGGCCAAACUUAGAAAAAUUGCAAUGUAAGUGAUGUGCCUUAUCUGUUGUUCUGUAUAAAUGAGUUCAUUGGUCUCGGCCACUAAACACCCAAAAGUGUUAAAUCAACUUUGGCAGAGUUUUCACAUUUAAUACAAAUAUAAUACAAAUAAAUUAUUGGUUCAGGCAUUCAGAGUUAAAAAAAUUUUUUCAAAAAUAAAAGCUUUCAAAAUAAUUUUCUUUCACUUAAUGUAUUAAAUUUACAACUUAUAUGCAGUGCUGAUCAAAAGUUUUUGUUGGUUUUCUUGGCUUCUGAUAAUGACAGCUUCAAUGUACCCUAGAAACUUUUUACGCCUGUGUAUUGUGUUUUUUAUUUGUGUAAAUGGGGCUGCUGAUAAUUUUUCAACAGAGCAAAUGCCUUACAAAACAUGAAGGCUGGCCAAGGACCCAGAGUGGAUCUUACAACAUUUAAAAGUGGAGGGAAAUCAGUAGAAGAAUUGACAGGUAGAAAAGCUCAAGCAUAUCUGGCAUAUGUGCCUUUCAAAUGAAACAUUUAACUAAAAUAAUGUCUCAAAUAAUUUUCUUUUUUAAUUAGGAUAAAUUAUUUAAAUGGAAAAAAGUUUAUUAUAAAUGAACUUAUUUAUAUAUCUUGUCUCUAACAAAACCUUGCAGAGCAAGUACUAAAAUGGUGAUUUUUAAAUGUUCAUAUUCAUCUUUUAAAACUUUCUUUGUUUUAUUUCACUCUUGUUUUUGAAAAGAAUUUUGCAAAAAGAUAUCGGCCAAGAGUGACUUGAGUGACAGUAAUGAUGAAAUGCCAAAGAUAAGUGAUGAUGAAGAUAAGCUUAUUCACCACCCUUUUAAAGUCAGAGAUCCAUCAACGAGCAACAUUAUUAUGAACAUAAGAGUGAGUUCAAUACUCAAUACAUAGAUGCAAAAGUAAAAUUUACACAGAUUGCUAAUUUUUAAUAAAGUGUGGGGGUUGGGGUUUUAGGCUGACAUUAACAAACAAUAUUUUUUAUAUAUUUUAUUAUUUCAGAAUAAUUGUCAAACAUAUUUUGAGAUGAGAUCCAUCUUUUUAAAUUGGUAAUUUUCAUAUCUACUGAUAUUUCUCGCUAGCCAGAAAUUUUGCAAGAUAUACUCAGGGUUAAAUGAACAAGAUGGAGGUUUUGUUUAAACAUGAACUUUAUUAAUCAGUCUUUGGUUUUCUCUCCUGGAAGAAUGCCAAACAGCUCCCUGUCCUGACACCAUCUGAGAAGCAAGCUCAACAGGCAUCUUUGAGGCUAACAUUCCCUGUGUCAAGUGGGUCACACCACCGAGCCAGUGAGUCAGAGUGGGUUCCAGUGGAGAAGACAUCAACACCGCCAACCCCAUCCUCGUCAACCCAGGUAAAAAAAAUAUUUAAAGCAAAAAUUCAUUGCAAUAGUUGAAAACAUAUGUGUGAAUGCCCAAUAUCACAGUGAUAUUUUCAUCAUUAUUUUAAUGCUAAGAAACUUAAGAUUUGUUUGCUGUCUGUGGAACAAAAACAAAGUUACAUUUCCAUUAAAACAAAUGUAAAAAUAGAAUCCUAAAGCCUGUUCACUAUCAUGUAAUAAAAGAACAAUGUUUGUUUUAAAAAAAACAUAAAAAUUGAAAUGAUACAGCAAAACAACAGAAUGUGUCAACUAUAAACAAUAAAAAAAAAUAGUGAAAAAUAAAUCAGUAAAAUAUAAAAUAAAAAAAGCAACUUAGCUCAUAGAAAGAUUUCAUUGGCAGCAUAGUAUAUCAAAGAAGAAAUUAAGAAAUGAAAAUGCAUUUAAUUAUUAUGGGUUAGGAAAUAAGAAUUCCAAGUUAUCCGAUGUUAACAAAGUGUUGAGAAAAAGAAAGAAAAAAUUUGACGGGGGAGGGGUGGGGGGUGUAUGUGAAUUGUUUCUCAUGUAAGAGUGAAGUUUGUUGGUACUUUAAAGUGAAAAUUUGUCUAUCAAUCUCCACAAAUUUUCUAAAUAUUUCUAAGGUCGAUCCAGUUUUCAACAAGCUAACAAAAUUUACUCUAGAACUCACCGAAUGUGAUUUUCUGGUUUCUGUCGAACUAGAAAUCAACAGAAAUUUAAAAAUGGCUUGCUGCCUAAACCAAAAUGUUAACGAGACUUUCAGCUGACAUUAAAACUGAAACAUAUAUAUAUAAAUAGUUAAAAAUUAAAACAAAAUAAUUAUAGAAAUAUUACCAUUCCCUUAGAUUUUUUUUUACAAAACUAUUUACGUUUGCCUAAAGCUAAUUGUAAUUUUAUUUUUGCAAAUAUAUGACAAAUAUGUCAUCAUGCAGCUAUAACAACCACACAGGCCUUCAAAACUGCACUCAAAACACAUCUAUUUAAACUAUACUACUCUGACUGAUUCCCCUCCUAUAAACCGAUAAACGUACAUGCGUUUCCUUGUAAAAAUUUCUGGUGUGGGUAGGUGAAUAUACCUCUGGUGUUGUUUUGCUUAUAUGUUGUUUUUAUUUCAUUUAUGUAUUUUAUUUUAAUAUUAUGAUUAUGCCUCUUUGCUAUAUUUGUGUACAGCGUGGUGAGCCCAGCCCUAGGCUGGGGUACCGCGCUAUAUAAGACCACUUAUUAUUAUUAUUAUUAUUAUUAUUAUUGUAAGCAUUGUUCAAAGAGGAUUUUCAUUUGACAGAGUGACAGUCUGAUUUCUGGUUGGCGAACAAAAGCUCAAAUCACUUAUGGCUGAAACUGAAAAUCAACCUAAAGUUAAUUUUUUUGUUUCUCCCAUAACUAAAACUGUGCCACAAAUGAUCAUAAGGAAACUUUCACCACCAAAACCGAAAUUCAGUCGGCCUCUAAGUUAAUGUUUGAAGCGUAACACUCAUGUUGAAAUCAUUUUUUUAUCCAAUAACCGUAACAUGAUACAUACCCUGGUAUUGUUACAUUGUAAUCAUCUGUAUAGUUUUUCUUUAGCUUGCGAUUAUUGAAACACCUGCAUCAGAGGAACCCAAAAAUGUGGACAGUAUUUUCCCAGACCUGGCUGAGGGCCAGGUAAUAUAAAUGUGUUGUUAUGAACUUUAGAACUAGUUUGUUAAAAUUUUAUAUAGAGUGAUUAACAAAAUAAAGGGGGAAGUGAAACUGAGCUUGAGAUAAAAGCUGUUCGUUCCCUAGCCUCUGAAUUUCCUGAGCUACUCACUAAAUCUGUAUAUUCAACUCUAUUUGGAUUUUGAAUCCAUAAAUAUUUUACUCCUUGACUUACUGCCAAUGAGACUCCCAUGUGUGUUUAUUUAUUUCAUCAGUCUUAGACUAAAAUUAAAUUGUAAAACUAGUCUGUUAUAUAAAUAUCAAUUCAUAAGAAGGUAUGACUUCAACAACAAAAAAUGAAAGUCUUUUUUUAAUUAAUAUCUAGAAAAUUGAUAUUGGCUCCAUCAUAUCUGAAAGACUUCAAGCUGUGAGAAAGUUACAAGAGAAUCCAUACGAUGUCCAAGCACUGACCAAAAUGCACAAAGUUCAAGAACAGGUACCAAACAGUAAAUUAUCACAGGAAAGAUUAUUAUGCUGCUUGUCUUCAGAACUUUCUUCCUGGAUGAACUGACAUUUUACAGCUUUGUUGUUUGUUGCUGUGAAAAACUUUUCUUGUUUGGGAUAGAAAUUUAUGAAUGUGGAGUUCAUUCUCAUUAUACAUCAUCAUCAUUAUUCAAAUCCAGUAGUCAUUCAGCAUCUGCCCUUCAUACUGAGGCAAUAGAGUUUUGGUUUAGUCUAGUAUUUUUGUUAGAUAAUUAAGGCAUAAGUCCUGAAAUGCUAGGCAAUACAAAAUUAAUAUCAAUCAUCAUGAUCUCUUUUUCUAUUGGUCAGGCCAGUAGGUGGGCUACAUCCAAGCAUUUACCUGGCCAGUUUCUAGGGACCACAGGGGCACAUGUCCUAUCUCAAGAGGAGCUCAUUGGUGAUAAGAAGCAUCAAGCAUGGGCCAGAAAGGUAGUUUUAAUAAAUGAAUUUGUCUCUCACCUUCUGUUAUGUUGAUUGUGAUUCUCAUCUCUCAUUCUGAAUUACUUUUUUUUUCACCCUUUAUUCUAUUUUGUACCGGUACUGUCAAAAUAAUACAAUCUAAAAUUAAUUAACAUGUAUGGCAGCAUUGCUACAGUAAAAAAAUUGGUAAAAAAUAAACAUGUUUAUUUUCUUAUGGUUGUAAUUCAAGUCAAUAUGCAAGAUUAAUAAUUUUAUUUGUACAUUAAAAAAAAGGAUCAGUUUAUAAUUAAGUCACCAUAUAUGCACCAUAGUUGACUUCAUAGAGUUAAACAUUUUCUAAGUCAUUUUUUGUAACAAAGACUAUUUCUACAUUUUUUUUGUUUAACACAACAACCUAACUUCAUAUAGUGCUUGCAUAUCAUCAUAUUUUUCACACUGAAAGAUUUGAUGAUAUCCAUGUGUCCAGCAGGCAAUAAGCCAUUGCUUUCCAUAUUUUUUUUACAGGCUGCAUCUACCAACACCUUGUUGCUCAGAGAACGUCAUCGAGGAGCUUAAUCACAUACCAUCACACUAGUUCCUUAUGGCCUCUGAGGGCUUGCUGUGGCCAGGCCGCCGUUUGAGCCACUUAACAGUUUGGGAAUAAACUAGUGUGUUGGUAUGCGAUGGCUCUGCUCUUGAAACUUUCAGAUAUAAUAUAAAGCUUUAACUCAGUCUCUUAAAAGUGAAAGAGAAUUUCUGUUUAAAUUUGUAAAUAUUUUUCGAAGAUAAAGAAUUUUCUAUUACUCUAUGGGUGAAUAAAAAAAAGGUUUCUUUGAAAAGCUUUAUAUUAUCUGAAAUAAUUUUUAUUGUUUCAUUUGGGUGAACUACUGCUUUAAAAAAAAUUCAAGUUGUUUUGAUAAUAAAUUAAGUUUCUUUUCUUUUUUUUUUUUUUUUUUAAAAGGUUUAAAAUCAAAUCCAUUAGUUUUAUUUAUAUAUUUUUAAAUAUUGUUCUUUAAAAAAUUCAACAAAGCUUGUUUGCUAAACAAUCAUAAAAUAUGAUUUUUGAUGUUUAAAAAAAAAAUUUUUUGAAAAGGUUUAAAAUCAAAUCCAUUAGUUUUAUGUAUAUAUUUUUAAACAUUGUGCUUUAAAAAAUGCAACAAAGCUUGUGUGCUAAACAAUCAUAAAAUAUGAUUUUUGAUGUUUAAAAAAAAAAAUGCAAUUCCUGACUAAACUGUCAGAAACAGAUUGUUGCAUUUUUUAAAGCAUAAGAUAAGAACUUGACAUAUUCAGGGAUGAACUUGAGCCAUAUGUUGCAGAGGGCUUUCAAGCCCCAAAACUACUGUCAUAUAAAGAGAAAAAUGGCUUUCCACUGUGAGUUCUAAGGGCUUUUAGGUGAGUACCCUUCCUUGUAAAAAUACUCAGUUUUAUUUGGCUACCUGAUAGUGAUUUCUGACUUAGAAUAUUGUUUGAACUACUGUCACUGAAAGACUUGUCUGGCUUAGAAUCUGUUGGUUGUUGAAGGCAUUUGUGACACUCACUCACACAGUUUUAAAUUUUGGUUCUCUUGAAUAAAUGUUGAAUAUGUUAAACAUGAAAAAUAUAAAAAUAUAAUCAGAUCAAACCCUCUAAUUAUUUUAACAUUUUGAAUAAGGCCUAUAAUCCUUGCUUAUAAGCUGAGUAUUUACAAGGUGGGGCUUGGUUCAAAUUUUUAUCAUUUUCUAUUUACCGUACUCAUCUUUCUAUGGCUCUAUAUGUCUUUGUUUUUCAGGUCAGGGAACUGUUGGUGUUUUUAAUCUUGUGUUGGAAAACCAGAAAAUAUUAUGCUGUAUAUGCAUUUUUAGGAAUCAAUUUAAUUAGCAGAAAUUCGGGGAGAAAUUUUUAUUAAACUCACAAAUUUUGAUUAAAUUAUUUUUGUAUAUAAAAAAAGAAAUAUAUUUGCAAUGGCUGCUUGUAAGUACUAGUUUCUUUCAUAUUACUGAAGCUUGGGCAUAUGAUGUUUGUUUGUUUACUUGCUCAAAUUACCAAGUAUCUUUGGCUGCCAUUGUUUUUCUCUCAUACAACACACAUUCUUAAUCUUAAAUUAAACCAGUUGUUUAACAUUGACAUUAGCUGUCUGCGCAAAUGGAUAGAGUGCUCAGGCUAAACCACUUGUCUAGUAAGUCUAGUUUUGGAACAGAUCUGUCACCUUGUUGUCUCACCUACAGACCCAGCUGACACAAGCUGCCCCAGUCAAUGGUGGCAUUGGAAUGUUCCUGCUUCAGAAGAUGGGUUGGAAGCAAGGGGAAGGCCUUGGAAAGAAUAAUGAAGGAAACAAGGAGCCACUGAUGUUGGAUAUUAAAAUUGAUAGAAAAGGUGAGAUGAUUAACAGGUUCUUUUCAGAUUUCAUAUAAAUAGAAAACCUUUAAAAAAACAAUUAUGAAACAAUUACCCUUCACUUUUAUUAUUAUAUUAUUAUUGUUUUGUCUUUAGUAAUUUAAUUUUUUAAAAAUUCUACUUAGUUUUCUGCUGAAAAAGAAAUAUACAUUUCUAAGAAUAGUAGGAUCCGAAAUUCCUCUAUCCAACCAAUUUUAACAAAAUGAAUUAAAACAAUAUAAAAAAAUAUAGCAGGGGUUUCCCAGGUUGCAAUAAAUAUGAUUUCUGUAUUUAGAAUACAACAGUUUUAAAUUAUUAAGUUGAUGUGUGUUAAUUAUUUUUUAACAAUUGUUGGACAAAGAAAAUUUUAGUUUGUGUUUUAAGUCUAAUAAAUCUACAACUAACUUCAAGUCAGAGCAAUGAAAGUCUUAUUUGCUAUAUCAAAGCUUAUCAUAUAUCCUCUCAACAAGUGCACUUGGGGUAAAAUAAUAUUUUCAAGGUUGUAUUUUACAAAGGUCUUGUUGAAGCACAUCCUAGUAAAAAAUAAAAUUAUAUGUAUAUAAAUCAUUUUAAAAAGUGUUUUUUCCCUUAUGUUUUGACAUUGUUACACAUUUCCAUUGUAAUAUUUGCAUAAAUUGUAUCAUUUUUAAAAAAUAAAAUUUCCUAAAUGUAUCAAGGUUAUUCUAAAUCUUGUCAUGAGAACUUCAAAUAUUAACUUAUGGCGUUUGGCAAAAGUUUGGAUACCAAUUGAUGUGUAUUUCUUUCAGACAACUAGUUAAGCUACAUAUAUUUUUAUGUGUAACAUCCAUAAUGUAGCCUUUUCUUCUAUUUUAGGUUUGACGACAGCUACAGAAAACUCAAAACACAAGACUCAGAUCAUAAAUGUACCAAGAGCCAAAGAUUUGUCAAGUAAGGAAGCUUUAUAUCAAUUAAAUUUGAAAACACUUUUUUGUUUGACUAAUUCUUUAAACUCUCUGCAGUGCAUACAAAAAAAAAAAAAAAUUACAAACAUUUUUACUCUAAUUUUGACAUGCCAAAUUUUAUUAUUGCCUCAUAUUUUACUUGAGUGUUCUCAUUGCAUUCUACAUGACCCCUAAAUUAUCUUAAAGAUGUAACUUGGAUGUCACCAUAUUAUUUAUCAUUUAGACAUUGCAUUGCAUGGAAGUAAGCAAAAAUUGUUGAUUUCAUGAUAUAUUUAAGAUUGUGCUUUAAAUAUCUCUUCUUUCUUUAAUCCUAGGAAAAACUUUUGGGUUAAUCAGAAUUUUUAAAAACUAUUCUUAUGUCCACUCAGAACAAAUGUAUUUGCACAAGGGCGGAAUAUAUUUGCAUAAGGGCUGGCUCUGUAGUUUUAUAAGGCCUUAACGUGAAGGAAAGUAAUUUUUUUUUAAUACUUCAAACUGCUACAGACACUUAACCUUUGCCAGGUACUCUUAUUCUGGAAUCAAUUUACCCUUCCAGAGGUUGAUGCAUACAUUUCUAGGGCAGUCAGUAAAAUGGGGAAAAUAGUAGGUUAUUUUUACUUGUUUUUUUUAUACUCAAUUUGAAAUAGGAUAUUCAGGUAUUCACCUGACUCAAUUUUUUGUACAACAGAUAAGCACCCAGUUUCAGCCCUGAUGGAAUUGUGUAACAGACGACGAUGGGGACCACCAAUUUUUACAGUCGUUGAUGAAAGUGGACCAGACCAUAAGAAAAAUUUUCUGUUUAAGGUAAUUAAUUUUUUGUGUGGAAUCUGUUGCCAGUUUGUACAAGAUUUUAAUAGAUGUAAAUUGUACCACAUAUUUAUGCAUUUUCAACAAAUGGCUCUAUAUCCUGAACACAGGCAUUAUAAAAUAGUUUGUAAUGUAAAAAUUAUACUUUGCACUAUGUGCAACACCAAGGCAAUUAAUUGUUUUUAAGAUUGUAAUUAAGUCUUACACAUGAAAAUUAAGAAUUAUAAUUUUAAUUUGGUUAAAAGGCCUCAGCUUAUAUUUAUGGUUAUUUUAAAGUGUACAUUUUAUAUUCAGGUUAAAGUGAAUAAUAUUGAAUACCAACCUAGUGUACCAGGCUCCAACAAGAAAACUGCCAAAGCUCAAUGUGCUGCUGUGUGCUUACAAGAAAUGGGGCUCCUCCCUCGUGAUGCACCAUUAAAUAUCUGAAGACACAUCUCUGCGAAUCUGAUUGUUAGAAUGUCUUGAUGUAUAUUUGAUCAGGACAUAUUGUUCAUAACACUCUUAAUUUUAAUCUGCCUUUGCACUUUCAUGCCUCCAACUUAGGCUUGAGCAGCCUGUAUCUGCCUGAGGACCAGAUCACUGUCUCAGCUAACCCAACAUCAAAAUGAUAAAUCCUUCAGUUUUGUUGUUACAAAUAUUACUAGUUGAUAUUAUUCAAGAAUCGAUCAUUAAUCUUGUGCUCAAAAAGUUCUGACAUUCUACUAAUAACCUUAAAUAGCUAGUUACUGGUGGUGGACAUUUCCUCACUUUUACAUACACAUUAUGAGGAAAAAGUGGUGAGUGUUUUAAAAAAGAGAGAAAUAGAAUUGCUGCAUGGAUGGUUUAUGUGGUCAGCUUUAAUCUGGGGUUUUUAGAUUAUUACAUCUUGAAAGUGCCCUCUUCCAAUAUUGCUUUUUAUUUUUUCCUUUGUUUUCUCACCGUAAACUUUUUUUUCUUUUAAAGUUUGGAAUCAUUCCGUAAAAUCUGAAGGUUUUUUUUCUUUCAUUGGUGCUAUUAGUUUUCUUUAUGAAUACUACAUAAAUGCAAAAUUUUUAUAAAGAAAAUUGCAAAGAAAAAUAAAAUAUUAGAUACCGUGUAUGGUGAAAAAGUGUUUAGAUGACCACAUAUGGCGUACAUUGAGCUGUUGAUGCGUUGGCUCUGACAUUUGUUAUUAAACAAUGUUCAAGUAAAAGCCUGUUAAGGAGUGGGAACAUCUCUCCCGACCAUAAUAUCCCUUACUAUCCAACUCUAUCUUAAACUAAGGAAUGGUGAUGGACUGUGUCACCAAAACCAUACUUAAUUCCGGAAGACCUAAAGCUGUACCUUGAUUGCUACAUUCUGCAUCUAGCCUUUAAAGCAGUAUGAAAUUUUUUUAUUGUACCGUGACUUAUUUAGAUACAAUUUUCACCAAGCAUACCUGCUUUUACUGAGUGACUGUAAUAGUUUGGUGUUAAAUAUUUGUAUGCUGUUUUCUUAUAAUUAACAACCUGAGGAAAAAAUAGAUAUUGCAAUAUAAUUCUUAUGUUUAUUUUUAGAACAAUAGAUCUUCACUCAAUGUUCAUUAAUGUAUAUCGAAUAUUUUUUUUGUCAUAUUUUUUAAGUUUUUUAUUCUCAUAAAUUUAAAUAGCUGUAGGAACAAAUCUGAACAUUAUAAAAAGUGGAAAAUAUCACCACAUACAAAAGCUGAGUUUUUUCAGGCAUGUACAAUAGCAAUGGUACAUCAAUACAAAUAAUUAUCUUGAAAAUACACUUGAUUGAACGAAGCAGUAAGCAGUAAUUAUGAAUUGGGCAAGGAAUUUACUAAAAUGACAGGAAAUAGCCAUGAUUUUAUUAUUUUCUUCACAGAGCUGUUACUUGUUUGAUAUGUCAACUGGUUUCUUAGUUUGUCUUAUUGGUCACAAUUUUUGAUGAUUGGGGCAGUUGAAAUAAUGGAAUGGUACUACUACUAUUACUAUACGUGGCUUGAGGAAGCAGAAUUCAGUCUACACAUUUAUCAUCGAUAAAGUAAAUUCACUCCACUAAUGAUCAGUUUGAUAUCGCAGUAUGUAAAUAAUAUAUGUAUAACUUGCAAGAAAGACUUGUAUAAAAUUUGUUGACAUUGAUUUAUUGUGGAUAAAUUAAAUGAUUGAAAUGAAUCAUUAAUUGUUUUAAAAUUUUGCAUUCUUAAAUUUUUAAAAGCCAUGAUAUUUGUGUGAUUAAGUGCUUAAACUGUGGUCACCAUCUGGUAUUUAUUUUAAGUACUGGUAUUUGUAUUCAGCUGAGUCGAGUGGACUCAAAUUAGCAGUUAUAGAGUAGAAAAACCUCAAGAAAACAUGCUUAACCACUGAAUGGACAAAUACCAGCCAACUUAGUGAGGUAAUCAAUCUUUCCUGGGUGACACACUGUGUGUUAAACAAAAAGCACUUAAGAUACUGUCAUGCUUUAGGAUAUGAGAUGAAAUGUUUCUGAAG